UUUUUUGUAUGUGCAGAUUUUGCAAUUUUACCUUUUCAUCGUCUUUCUUCACUGUCUUAAGGUUGACUUUGAAGUCAGCCUUCAUAAGUUUGGAGCUGUCAGUACAUGCACCCAGCAUGUCGUCUGUUGUUUUCUUCACCCUCUUCAGGCUGGGCCUCUUAACACCCUUCAGGUCAAUGAUCUUCUGAUUCAGAGUCUGGAUCUGGGCAACAAACAUCACAGUUGAAGAAAAACUACAACAACUAGUGUCAUCUUCUCUGAGGAUUCUGGGCAGCAGCCUGGACUGCAAACAACCGGGUCUUGACCACUGCAAAAUUAAUAACUGCUCAGAGCAGCGCAUGGUCGCACGUAGAGAACAUGCUCCUAUCGGUCCAGACUGGGAUCCUGAACAUGAGGAAGUUGGAAUGGACAGACAUGGGCUGGUUCCUGUCAUGAAUGUGACAUGGAGAAUAAAGGCUGAUGCAUCCAUCAGGACUCUUAAUGGAUCAGAGUUAAACAUUGUGGAAGAAAAUACAAAUCAAAGUGUGUGUUUGCAGUUUUCUUACAGUAUUAAAAACUUGCUGAAUCCAAACUACAGUAGGUGGACAUUUUCCUUGAAUGAAGUUGUGGUAGAGCCUGGAUACACAUAUAUGGUGUCAGUUUUCAAUUUGCCACAACCUGAGAUUGGAGAGUACACUAUCAGAAAGCGAAUUACCAUCCCAGGAUGUGGUGACAAAAGAAUCCAAAAGGUCCAGUUGUGUCUGGAAAAUGGUAGUCUGUGGGAACCAAACAUGUCUGUGUUAGUCAAUACGAAACCUAAAAUGUUAUCCAUUUUCGUGGGGUUUAAGGCAACUCAGUAUUCAGAGAGAUACCAAGUUUCCAUCCAGAACAGCGGUUUCUUUUACUCAAUGAAUGUCUCAAAGGAAAACAGAACAUCACUGAAUGUAACAUUUCAGUUUGGUUUGUGGCAGCUCUCACAAUGUGAAAUGUUUAUAACGAUUCAGCCAUUUUUUAUACGAUGCAAAAAUGAGUGUUUGAGCCACAAGGAAACAAUUGAUUACUGCACAUAUUAUCCACUACAGACUUUGAUUUUAGGGACCACUUUGGGGCUGCUUGUCAUUGGUAGUUGUCUUGCCUGCUUACUGUGGAGAACAUUUCAUAAAGAUCCUCCGAACACAUCUUCAUCUGCUGACAAGGACCAACCAGAAGUUUUUCAGCUGCAACAGAGGAAACGUGUUCUCAUCAUCUACUCCCUGGACCAUGCUUUGUACAAAAACAUCAUUCUCAAGCUUUGUGCCUUCCUGGCAACCAAAUGUGGUACUGAAGUGGUCCUGGAUCUACUGGAUUCUACCAGACUGGGAGUGUUGGGAAGCAUCCAGUGGUUGGAGUGGCACAAAGAGCAAAUAGAAAACUCUUCAGAUAAGAUAUUGAUCCUAUGCUCACGUGGAGUACAAGCCAAAUGGAGAGCAAUGUGUGGUGACAAACAGGUUUUCCUGAGACAGGAUGCCUGCUCAUUUGUAGGGGACAUGCUCACUCCUUCCCUCAGCCUCUUGGUCCCCCAUUUUGUCCGAUCUACGUCAUUUAGGAAGUACAUUGUAGCUUACUUUGAUGAUGUUUGUUCUGAAGAAGACAUCCCUUCCCCUUUCAACGUUACAGUACGAUACAAACUAAUGAAGCAGUUUGAGGAGGUCUUUUUCAGAAUCCUGGACACAGAAAAACAUGAGCCAGGUAGAAUGAAGCAAAUUGAAGGACUUUCAGAGGACAAAUAUCAUCAGUGCCCCUCUGGUAGAGCCCUGCGCGAUGCUAUACAGGCCUUCCAUGCAUACCAGCAGGAACAUCCACGUUGGUUUGAAGAUGAAUUGAUGGAAAGCUCAGAGUUGGAGGUUGAGGAGAACUCUGAUGGAAUUUAUGGAAGCGCAAAAACAAGCACAAACCUCACAACAUAUUGUGUGCAUGACUCGUGAGGA